AUGGCCCAGUCGGUCAAGGGCGGCGGCAAGGGCAACCCAGCCCCCGCUGCUGCAGCCCCGGCCGCGGACAAGUCGGACACGGGCACCCUCGGAGGCGAGUGGAUUCUCCUCCGCCGCGACGUCGCGGCCACCGCCUGCGAGGGCCGCUGGGAAUUCUACCUCGAGGCGCACGGGCGCCAGCCAUUGGUGGGCUUCGCGCCUGCCAUCCUGCGCGCCGCGAGCGGCAGCGCCGCGGCCGUCUCUGCGCGCCCGCGGCCAGGGCUUCGCGACGAGGGGGUCAGCGGGGACGUCCUCGCGUCGAUCUCCGCGUUCGCGGACGUGCUCAGCGACCCGUGGAUCGCCCUCGUCGACGGGGGCGACGGUGGGCAGACAAGCCCUGGCUCACCAGAUGGGGCGGCGCAAUCGUCGAAUGCCCCGCGCGCGGGGCCGCCCGCGACAAGGGAAGGCUUUCGCCACGCGCAAACCGAGGCGGAGGCAAUCUACGACGCGCCGUGGAAGACCUGCCGCGGCGCCCAGGUCGCGGCGGGCACCGCCGGGCCGCGGCGCUACAAAACCAUUGGGUUUCCCGGGGCCCUUCCCGCGAGAGCCAGCACUGAUAAGGAAGCCGACCCCGAUGGCAGGUCGGCUACGAACGGCGCCCCGUUCGUCGCCCCCAGCGACCUCUGGAACCAGGCAGCGGCCGCCGUCGCGAGCCCCCCAGAGCUCGAGACGCACCUCGCCUCGCAGGCGCUAAAGAAGGCAGCGCACGCGCAUUGGGCGGCCACCAAGGAGAUCGCUGUCCUCGAGACGCGCGACGCCCCCCUCGACGAGGGGGCCGGGUGCCAGGGCAGGGCCCAGGGCUACAAGACGGCGAACCAGACCAUGAAGUCGACGCCCGGGCGCGCCCACCUAAAAGACCCAGAGGCAGCGUGGUGGCCGCAUUCCAGCUCGCUCAUCGCCCGCUACACCCCGCUGGCCAAGAACGCCAAGGACGUCCAGGCCAAGCGACAGAGACGCAGGAUCAUCGCGGCCAAGCUGGACCAGCAUGACAGCCCCAACUUCCACGCGGGACACUUCGGCACAGAAGUGGGCCCGACCGAGGUCGACGAAUGGAUGCUCCACAUCGCGCCCCUCGGGUUUUGCGACGAGGGCGACCUCCGCCGCACCUGCGCCGCGACGCAGCGAUGGGCGGGCCGCGCCGUGGCGAGGGCCGUCGGCAGGGUCGCACGCGGCACCUCGACUUGGCUCAUGGCAGGAGGCAUGGAGGGGCACCCCGGGGAAGCUGACCCCAGCGGGCAAAAGCUCGAGGCCAAGCUCAACGGCAGCGCCGUGGGCGACCCCUGCGCCGUCAUGAACUGGGCGGCCAGCUCUUGGAGGCAGGCGCGGACUGCCAACGCCCGCGACGAGCGGCAGACCACGGGGCGCGCGCCA